UCGGGGCGGGACCGGCCGGGCCGGGAUCGGGGCCGGGCCGGGGCUCCGGGCGCCGCGGCGGGGCCAUGAAGGACUGCGAGUACCGGCAGAUCCCGCCCGGGGCGGCGGCGACGCCGGGCCCGGGCCCGGGCGGGGCGGUGGCGGCGGCCCCGCGGGCCGGAGCGGCGCGGCGGCCCCGCAGGAAGUGGGAGGUGUUCCCGGGCCGCAACCGCUUCUUCUGCGGCGGCCGCCUCAUGCUGGCGCGGCACAGCGGCGUCUUCGUCCUCACUCUCGGCCUCAUCCUGGCCACCAGCGGCCUCUUCUUCGCCUUCGACUGCCCCUUCCUUGCCAAUCACCUGACCCUGGCCAUCCCCAUCAUUGCCGCCGUCCUCUUCUUCUUUGUCAUCAGCUGCCUGCUCCAGACAAGCUUCAGAGACCCAGGAAUCCUGCCCAGAGCCACCCCCAGCGAGGCUGCAGACCUGGAGAGGCGAAUUGACAGCAUGGGCAGCUCCACGUACCGUCCCCCAGCCCGCACCAUGGAGGUGGUGAUCAACAAGUACGUGGUGAAGCUCAAGUACUGCUACACCUGCAAGAUGUUCCGGCCGCCGCGCACCUCCCACUGCAGCGUCUGCGACAACUGCGUGGAGAGGUUCGAUCACCACUGCCCCUGGGUGGGCAACUGCGUGGGCAAGCGCAACUACCGCUACUUCUACGCCUUCAUCCUGUCCCUGUCCUUCCUCACCGCCUUCAUCUUGGCCUGCGUCGUCACCCACCUCACCCUGCGCUCUCAGAGGGAUGGGUUCCUGGCCACUCUGAAGACAACUCCUGCGAGUGUGCUGGAGCUGGUGAUUUGUUUUUUCUCAGUCUGGUCCAUUUUGGGCCUCUCAGGUUUUCACACUUACUUAGUCGCCUCCAACCUGACGACGAACGAAGAUAUCAAAGGGUCCUGGUCGAACAAGAGGGGCUCGGAGUUUGCCAAUCCCUACAGCCAUAAAAGCAUCCUCACAAACUGCUGUGCAGUGCUGUGUGGACCCUUCUAUCCCAGUUUGAUAGACAGAAGAGGAUUUAUCCAGCCAGAUAGCGGGACCCCGUCCAGUCCCAAGAGUGAAAUCCCUUCCCUUGGAGCCAAAACUGACACCAGCAUGGAGGAUGCCUGCCAGGACUUUGCCAUUUCCUGCACAGCCUGACGGGAUUUGCCCCUCCUCGGACGUUUGCCCUGGUUUCUGAGGGUUGGCUGGUAAGAAAGUGCUUCCUUCUCCCUCUCACCACUGCAGCCACCCAUCUCCACUGCAUGCCAGCUCUGGCCUGUGCUGCCAUCCCCAUGCCCCAUCCAUCCCACCAGAAUCCACCCACGGGGGCGUGGGGCCAGGGCUGUGGGCUGAGGGGGGCACAGGAAGGCUUUGCCACAAAAGGAGAGGUUUUUCCUGGCUUUGUGCUGGGCUGGAGCCACCCAGUCUGCAUGGGGACACUGUGGGACACUGUGGGACACUGUGGGAUGUGGCAGAGGGCUCUGCAGCCUGGGCUGGCUGGGCCCAGCCUGCCGUGGCUGUGGGAGGGAGCCCCAGCCAAGGAGAGGUUCAGAGUUUGGAGGAGCCGUGGCCCCUGGGGCAGGUCUGGACCCCCAUCCCUGCCCGUUCUAUGGCCUAGGUGAUCCCUCUGGCCCCUGGGGCAGGUCUGGACCCCCAUCCCUGCCCGUUCUAUGGCCUAGGUGAUCCCUCUGGCCCCUGGGGCAGGUCUGGACCCCCAUCCCUGCCCCGUUCUGUGGCCUAGGUGAUCCCUCUGGCCCCUCUGCCCGUUUUCCUCUCCGCAACACCCGGUUCCUCCUCCUGUGGCCAAGGUAAGUUCCUUCAGGGCACCUUGGGAUGGGAUGUGUCACCUGUGGGCCGUGGGCUGCCCCUCUGCUCCCUCCCUGCAGCCCCCCAUGAGCUCCUGAGCCUCAGUGGGGGCAGGGAUGGAGCCCCCUCCUCUCUCUGCCCCAGCCUGGUGCCACUCUGCCGGCGAGCCUGGAUGCUCGCCCUGCUCCCGCAGCUCCUCAGCUCCUCUGUUCCUGGCACUAACUCUCUUUUUAUCUUCCUCCCCUCUCCUCUCCCUCGCUCCGGGCGGAUCCAGCGCCGCAGCAGCCCGAGCCUCUCGUGGGGCACCCACGGGAGCCGAGCCCACAGCCAUGACCACCUCGAGUGCCUCCGCUCGCCUCCCUCCGCCCCUCCCUGCCCCGGAGCGGGGGCAGCGGCCGCGGCUCGGAGCUCCAAGCCAUACAGCCACCGCAGCACGGAGAGCAACGCAGCCAGCCUGGCCGUGCCCCGCCGCCGGACGGACCCGGGGCUGCCGGGGCUCCCGGGGCUCCCGGGGCCUCCGCUGCACGCUCGGUGACGGCGCCUCCCGCCGGGGAUGCUGGAAUCUCGUGGCUGGUGUCCCAAGGGGAUUUUGGAAGGAGCAGGAUCUCUCCAGAGCAUUUACAGCCAAGCUGGGGGCACCAAUCCCCAAACCCUCCCAGCCCCACCAAGCUGUGUCCGUGUGCCACAGGACUUUCCCGAUGGGAAUUCCUACCUGGUCAGUUCAUCCCUGCAGCCCCCGGGCCAGCUCUCCCUGCCAGCCUCAUCCCAGCACGGCUCUGGUUCUAAGGGAAGGGGCUCCAGCACCUUGAGCAGCCUCCCCUGGGCUGAGAGCUGAGUGGAGCAGCCAGGCCUGCCCCAGCCCUGUAGGAUUCACCGUCUGUUUAUGCCUUUUACUUUUGUAACAAAAUGAAAGUUUCUCCUAUUUAGAGUA